GUCAAGUAAGACCAAGUCACUUUGACGUUUGUUUAGAUAUCGAAUUUUCUGAGGAUCGCAGUUUUCAAUUUUAAAAGUUAUACAACAUGUCUGUCCGUUUAGGUGGUCACCUCAGGGAAAUAAGAAUUCAUUUAUGCCAGACAAGCAAGCAAUCCGAAGGCGUGAGGAAGUUCAUUCAGAAGCACUAUGUUAGCAUUAAGAAGGAGAAUCCUAGUUUCCCGAUAUUGAUUCGUGAGUGCAGUGGCGUUCAGCCUCGUAUCUGGGCUCGCUACGAGAAAGGAGUGGAGCGCAGCAUGCCCCUUACGGACCAGACAGAUGAAAAUGUUCUGUCUGCCCUCAAACAGCUAGCAAAGUAAUUGUUUCUCUAUUUAUUAUGUUAUAUUAAAAUAAUAAUUAGUUGGUAGCAAA